AUGGCGGAACACUGAAAAAAAGCAUUUGAGAGCGGUCAGAUUUCGGGUAUCUUGUUCUAGUUACGAACGAGCUGAGUACUUAAAUUUAUCAUCUUGGCUAGCUAACAUAGUAAACGAAUCGUUUUGUCCCAUUAUUUAUCUUAGUAAACCUUCUGGCUGGGGCAUUUCCAUCAAUUAAAGCACGAGAUCCCCGAAAUGGCAGAUAACAACACAGACCAAGAAAAAGCAAUAGCUGCAAAUGCGUUGGAGGCGUUUACGGCUGGAAACUAUGAGGAAUCUUUGAAACAUCUUGGGAAGCUGCAAGAGUUGAACAAGGAGGACUACAAGAUUGCUUUGAAUAAAGCAAUAGCUGAAUUCUACAAGAGUGGCCAAACCACCACAUGCACCCUGAAGCAGACUCUUAUUGCAAUGAAAAACCAGGUUCACACUUCAAUGGAGGAUAUUGAUGGUUUGGAUGAUGUAGAAAACAGUCUUCUCUACUACAAUCAAGCUAUCAUUCACUACCACAUGAGACAGUACUCCGAAGCUAUUGCUAUUGGAGAGAGGCUGUACCAGUUUCUGGAGCCGUUUGAAGAGAAGUUUGCUCUGGCGGUCUGCUUCUUGCUGGUGGAUCUGUACCUGCUAACGUACCAGCCAGAGAAGGCCCUCCAUCUCCUUGCUGUGUUGGAGAAACUGUCUGUACAGGGAAACAACAAGAACGGCAAAGGGGAGGUAAUAUUUCAGGCACAGUGCAAGUUCUACAUUCACAGGGACCCGGUAGUGGAGGCAGCAGACCUCAUUCAGGAUAAUCUCAGGGAGCUUACUGGAGGACAGAGUGUCAACAGCGCCAACAAAGAUGGUCGGAACCAGAAGGCAGAGUUCAUUGGCAUGAUCGAAGCGGCAAAAUCCAAAAUGCACCAGUACAAAGUGCGAGCGUACAUUCAGAUGAAGUCAUCAAAGGCCUGCAAAAGGGAGAUCAAGUCUGUGAUGAACACAGCAGGGAAUUCUGCUUCCUCACUCUUCCUCAAGAGUAACUUUGAGUACCUGAGAGGAAACUACCGCAAAGCAGUGAAGCUCUUAAACAGCUCCAACAUCGCAGAGCACCCUGGGGCCAUCAAAACAGGUGAAUGUGUGCGCUGUAUGUUCUGGAACAAUCUGGGUUGCAUACACUUUGCCAUGGGAAAACACAACCUAGGUAUAUUCUACUUCAAAAAGGCCCUGCAGGAGAACGACCACACGUGUGCACAGCUGGGGGACGGUGGGGCGACGGGGAACGGGCAAUGUGAGUCAACAACUGGGUUUAACGCCAUUCAAAGCCACAGGACAGUUUCUCGGACACAGAUUAAGCCUCGUCUUGGACUUAAAACUAAGCAGUUCUCGGGCAUCCCCAUGUGUGCGCUGCUAGCCAACAAGCGUUAUGAGCUGCUGUAUAACUGUGGGAUCCAGCUGCUGCACAUCGGCCGUCCCCUGGCGGCUUUCGACUGUCUGAUGGAUGCUGUGCAGGUGUACCACUCUAACCCUGGCCUCUGGUUACGGUUGGCUGAGUGCUGCAUUGCUGCCAACAAGGGUAGCUUAGAACAAGACAACAAGGGUCUUCCGAGUAAAAAGGGUAUCGUUCAGGCCAUCGUUGGGCAGGGCUACCAUCGCAAGAUCAUCCUGGCAUCACAGUCCACCCAGAACACAAUCUACAGUGAUGGGCAGUCUGCAGCCAUUCCGGUGGCCAGUAUGGAGUUUGCAGCGAUCUGUCUGAGGAACGGCCUGGUCCUCCUCCCUGAUCACCAGCAGCAGGAGAACAAGGCAGAGAACGGCUCCAAGACAACCAGCCAGUCAGGCAGCACAGAGAGCGGCUCAGAGAACAGCGACGCCUGCAGUGGGAAGGGUCAAGAAGGAGACAAGUUCCUUUCUGCAGCACCAUCUUCACCUCUGAGGAAACAGGAGGUUGAAAACCUCAGGUGUUCCCUCCUGGCCUGCAGUGCCUACGUGGCCCUGGUGUUAGGAGACAACCUGAUGGCCCUGAACCAUGCAGAGAAGCUCCUUCACCAGACCAAGCUGUCUGGAUCACUCAAGUUCCUGGGACACCUGUAUGCUGCAGAGGCCCUCAUAUCCCUGGACCGGAUCUCAGAGGCCAUAGGUCACCUCAACCCAGAGAAUGUCACUGAUGUCUCCAUGGGGGUGUUGUCCAGCGAGCAGGACCAAGGGCCAGAUAAAGGGGAUCUGGAGCCUGUCGAGUCAUCAGGGAAGCAGACUCCUCUGUGUUACCCCAGCACAGUGAGCUCAGCCCGGGCCAUAAUGCUGUUCAACCUGGGCAGUGCCUAUUGUCUGAGGAGUGAGUACGAGAAGGCCCGCAAGUGCCUGCAUCAGGCCGCCUCCAUGGUGAACACCAAGGAGAUUCCUCCUGAAGCCAUCUUACUGGCUGUCUACCUGGAGCUGCAGAACGGGAACACACAGCUUGCCCUGCAGAUCAUCAAACGUAACCAGCUCCUCCCCUCAGUGCUCCAGGCGCCCUCUCCAGACACACGAAAGAAGCCUGUUCCCUCCUCCUUCCAGCCUGUCCAACCACCCAUCCAGAUGCCCUCACCCUUCACAACAGUCCAGCGCAAAUGAGCCCUCAACCCUUGUUCCCCUAACCCUCCUUGCCCCAUUGCACAGCAACACGCACCUGUCCACCUCUCAUCACUUCACCUCAGUGUAUUAUUUUUUAAGGCAAGCUGACCCCAACUCAGUGCCGGUGUAGGGUGAAGUUUGUAUUUCCUCCCACUAAUGGUUAACAUUGGUGGAGAGGAAGCUGAUCCUAUAUCUGUACCUAGGGGAAAUUGAACUCCUCAGCGCCCAGACGGAGCCCCUUCCAGGUCAGGUCCUGGUAUGAAAUGCAGAGGUCUCCUGUCGGGUGGACGAAGGGUGCGUUCACGGCCCAAAUUACACCUUAUCCCCUAUGUAAGUGCACUCCUUUUGACCAGAGCCCUAUGGGGCCCUAAUAAAAGUAGUGCCCUAUAUAAGGAACUGGGUUCCAUUUGGGAUGGAGCCUUUAUUCAGUGGCUAUCACCUGCAGUGUCUUUGGGGCAGAUCUGACAUGAUUUCUCUGUUCUCUGAGAGUUUUAACUUUCCAUUUGUGACAGCAACAUCCGUUAUGAUAUAUACUGACUGACUUUUGCUUGGGGCAAAUUAAAUACCUGUAUAAAAAAUAAAUUUUAUUUACAGAAGUAA